GUUACAUUGCACGCGAGCACGUACCAGGAAGAACUAACUAGUAAAAGAAAUUGAAAAGUCUUUAAAAGUUUUCUUAAAAUGAUUGUAAUAGGAAAGAUCAUGAAAGAUUUAAAACAUCUUAACCCGUUACUUCAUGAAUUUCCAACUCGGCGUUUUUAUAGCGGCGAAACUCCACGGGUUUUGAUCACAGGUGGUCUUGGUCAGUUGGGUCGUGGUUUAGCACAGUUGAUGAGAGAAAAAUAUGGCAAGAACAAUGUUGUACUGUCGGACGUUGUCAAACCGCCAAGCGAAGAACGAGAUAAAGGUCCUUUCAUUUAUGCAGAUAUCAUGGACUUUAAAAACCUUCAGUCAGUUAUUGUCAACAAUGACAUCACCUGGGUAGUUCAUUUCAGUGCCUUACUCAGCGCCAUUGGUGAAUUGAAUGUUGAAAAAGCUUUGAAGAUAAAUGUGAUUGGUUUUCAUAACAUUAUCGAAAUAUGCCGUCAAUAUGGGUUGCGACUGUUUUGUCCUAGCACAAUUGGAGCAUUUGGUGUUGAUACUCCAAAGAUGAAGACACCUGACAUUACAUUACAACCAAAUACCAUUUAUGGUGUUUCUAAAGUCCAUAUGGAAUUAUUAGGAGAGUAUUACAACUACAAGUAUGGCUUGGACUUCAGAUCUGCACGCUACCCUGGAGUGAUUUCAGCUGAUUCAGCUCCUGGUGGGGGAACAACUGACUAUGCUGUGCACAUUUAUCAUGAGGCAUUAAAAAAAGGCAGAUACACAAUUUACCUGAAGCCAAACACAUGUCUGCCAAUGAUUUAUAUUGAUGAUUGUUUGCGUGGUACUAUGGAACUCAUGGAAGCCCCUGAAGAAAUACUGAGUCGCCGUGUUUACAAUAUGCAAGGAAUGAGUUUUACACCAGAGUUGCUUGUAAAUAACAUAAAAAAAGUGUUUCCUGAAUUUCAAGUUGACUAUGAAGUUGAUCCAAUGAGGCAAGCUAUUGCUGACAGUUGGCCUGAUGUCUUGGAUGAUACUAAUGCAAGACGAGACUGGGGAUGGAGACCAUAUUAUGAUCUCAAUACCAUGACUAAAACUAUGCUUGAUAAAUUGACUUUAAAUUAUGAUUUCGCAGGAACUGUGGAAUUCACAAAAAUGUCAGUAUUUCAUUCUUAAGUAAUUUUUUCCUCUGUUGCAGUUUUGGUUUAUGAUUUUAUUUUAUUCUGAGUAUUGUGCAUUGUAAAUGUACAAAUUAUGUCACUUAUUUUGCUUUAGUUGAAAACUAUAUUUUUCUGCUUUAUCAUUUUAUUAAAAUUACUUGUAAAAGAUAUCUUUAAUUCCUUAACUAAAAAAAACUUAGCAAUACCAGCACAACCAA